AUGCGGGUGCGUCCUUUGCUGCUGCUGCUGCUGCUGUGCGUGGCUUGCUGCUGCAGUCUGUGCCCAGCAGCAAGCAGGGGGCUGCCUGCUGCUGCAGCGCAGCAGCAGCUGCUGCGGCUGCUGGAGGCGCCGCGCCGCAGCAGCAGCAGCAGCAGCAGCAGCAGCGGGCUGCUGUCCUCAGUUGCUGCUUCUGCGUCGAACGCCGUUGCUGCUGCUGCUGCUGCUGCAGUGCAGCGGGUCCGCAGCAGCAGCUUCUUCAAAGACCUGCAGCUGCUGCUGCGGCCCCCGGACACAGCCCUUGGGGUGUACAGACAGCUGCUGCAGAGUGUGGGGCCGGGGCUGGUGGCUUACUUGGGGUGUCUGGACAGCUUGGGGCCGCAGCUGCUGCUGCAGGCGCAGCAGCAACUUGCUGCUGCUGCUCCUGCCUGUGGGGCGCUGCUGCAGUCCCUUUCGCAGCAGCAGCACUUCAAGAAGGAGGAGACACUUUUCCGCCGCAUGCAUUUGCUGCGCAGCAAGCUGCAGCUCAUUCGCGCCAUGCAGCAGCAGCAGCAGCAGCAGCAGCAGCAGCAGCAGCAGCAGCAGCAGGGGCCGCAGUUCGAGGCGUUUGUGGGGAAGGUUUUGGAGACACUUGAGGGAGACAGUUGGCGGGCCUUGAGCACUUUGGUGCGGCUGCUGCUGCCGCAGCAGCAGCAGCAGCAGCAGCAGCAGCAGCAGCAGCAGCAGCACGAAGCAGCAAAAAGGCUGCUGCGGAAGACCAGCCGCGUUUGGCUGGAGGCUCUUUACCUGGGCAGGGAGGCAGCAGACGCCCUCAGCAGCAGCAGCAGCAGCAGCAGCAGCAGCAGCGAGCAGCAGCGGCACCGCAGGAGACUUGCUGCUGCAGCAAGAGACGCUGCUGCGCUCGACGCAUGCGCUGCAGCAGCAGCAAAGCUGCUGCGGCCCCACACAGCAGCAGCAGCAGCAGCAGCAGCUUUUGUGUCCUACGAAGCAACGCCGUCUCUUACAGAAGACGAAGUUUGCCUCAGACUAAAGGACAUGCCGCAGCAGCAGCAGCAGCAGCAGCAGCAGCAGCAGCCGAGGUGGCCGCAGAAGCAGCAGCAGCAGCAGCGGCAGCAGCAGCGCUUCUUGUCUUCUCUUGCGCAGCAGCUGCAGCUGCAGCAAAACUUGUCUCGCGGCCUCAAUCUUACCAGCGAGCAGCAGCAGCUGCUGACACAGCCUAUUAACGCGUCGCUGCAGCAGCAGCAGCAGCUGCAGCAGCAGCAGCAGCAGCAACAGCUGCAGCAGCAGCUGCAGCAACAGCUGCAGCAGCAACAGCUGCAGCAACAGCUGCAGCAGCAGCACCUGCAGCAGCAGCAGUGGAUGCAGCAGCAGGAGUGGCUGCAGCAGCAGCAGCACGACCAGCUCCAGCAACAUCAAGAGCAGCAAACCCAGCAGCUGCUGCAGCAGCAGCAGCACAUGCAGCUGCUGCAGCAGCAAUACUUGCAGCAGCAGCAGCUCCAGCCGCAGCAUGCACAGCAGCAGCACAUGCAGCCGCAGCAGCAGCAAUACUUGCAGCAGCAGCAGCAGCAGCAGCAGCAGCAGCAGGUCCCCGUACCUCUAGAGGAUUUGUACGCGUCACUUAAGGACCCUCUGGGGCUACUGCAGCAGCAGCAGCAGCAGCAGCAGCAGCAGCAGCAGCAGCAGCAGCACUAG